AAAAUAUGUUCACGAAUCCUAUGGAAAAUACGUUCAUGAAUCCUAUGGAAAAUACAUUUACGAAUCCUAUAGAAAAUGCAUUUGUGAACCAUAUAGAAAAUACGCUUACAAAUCAUACAUGUGAGACACUUACAAAUCAUACGUGGGAUGCAUUUACAAAUCAUAUAUCAGAUUCGCUUACAAAUCAUAUAUCAGAUUCGCUUACAAAUCAUACACGGGAUUCACUUACAAGUCACCAAAGUGACAUAUUCACAAAUUAUAUGAACGAUACAUUUACAAAUGUUAUACCUAAUAUGAAUGUUUCUAAUACCAUAGUUGUUGACAAGAACACUGGGAUUGACCAUAAUGAAUCGGUUAGUGAUUCUUGUGAAGCAAUUCAAGAUACUAUGAAUCGUAAUGAUACAGAUGAUGAAAAUUCUUUUGAGGUAAAUUGA